UUAUUUGUGACCAAGUUAAGGAUAUCUUCAACGUAACUAUUCAAUUUUGUAGUUGACGUAGAUAAUUUAAAAUUAAACUUUGACUGACAGUAAUUCUUUAUUAUCCACUAUCUUUGUAUUCACGAAGAUGUGAAAAAAUUAAAAACUAUUUUCGAACACUUCACUCUAAAUAUGGACCCGAAUUGUUUUGUUUCGAACUUUUUAUGUGUCGAAAACUAAAACUUUCUCUUAUUCAAAGAAAUAACUACUGAGCUGAGAAUUACUGGUUCUAACUUAUAGCGUAAAGCGUAUCCAUAUCCCUUAACGAAUUUCAAAAUCUGCGACAAUUCAUUGCUUGAAGUUCAGAAACAGUCUUCAUUAUGUCUUCGGGCUCGGAACUUCCGACUGCGUCAACUCCUCUGGCAGAGUCGAAAUCCAAAGAAACCAAUGACGCUGAGAGCUCAGAAGGGCACGAUAGUAUCCUUGAAUUCUCGGUCAAACCGGCAAGCGCUGGCAUACCGAUGAAAGUGUUUAAUAAAAUCAAAUCGCGCCGUGGUUCUCGGCUCUCGGAAAAUGGCGACGUUUCGCACUCCAACAAUUGCUAUUCACCAUUUGCCGAUAUAAAAGAAUUGAAACAAGCAUUAAUGGACAUGCAUCCUGACGACGACGACGAAGCUCUGGAUCAUGUGCCAGGUUUGAAGAGACACGACUCGGAGUAUGUCCACGGGUCCCCCCUCAACAGAGCCGAGUCCAUGUUGUCAUCGUCUGAUGCUGGAUCACCCACCCACCCCAUGCCUGAAACCCACAACAAUAAUGUUAAUGGAGGGACCGAUCUUCGUGGAUUCUACUUGUCAACAGGAUCCCUACCAGUGGUAAAGCAAUCAGGCGUGCGGGGAUUUUUCAGCCGCUAUGGACACAUCGUCAAAAUAGCCAUCCUAUUCUUCAUUUUAUUGUUGGCAGUUACCACCAUCAUGAUCUACGAAGAAGGUCACGAGGAGUCGUUCAUGUUUGUGCUGAAGAGUCAUGAGAAGAAGUUUGUGGGCAUCAGUCCGGAUCUGAAGUGUGACUACUUGUACAUCACCUUCAGGGGUCCACUGGUGGCCAUACUGCCCAGAGAGACAGCGGAGACACAUCAGAACCAGUCCAAGGGAGUCGAGGCCAGAUUGUGCAGUGUGCCCUCUAACCUUUCCUCGGAGGCGAUGGUGGAGCGCUGCGAGGCUUCCUUCCGUACCAACGUCGUCUUCUUCAUUACUCACUCGGAGAAAGACCACGAGGUCAAAGAACUCACCCACAGAUUCGAAAUACUUCACGAAGAGGUCAAAGAUGGACAUGAGCUUCACGUGAGGGCCGAGUCUACCCUUGACGAAGACAUCGCAAUUGACAUGUCACUGCUAGACAUUGGCAAGUAUGGUGAGAUUGAAGUGUACGUAGCCUUUGCAAUCCUCCUGUUUCUCUACUCCAUGAUAGUGACUGAGAUGGUCCAUAGGACCGUGGCCGCUCUAAUCGCAGCUGUGGUAGCCAUAGCCGCUCUCAACUUCUUCAAAGAGGGACCUACUCUCGAUAAGAUUAUCGAUUGGAUCGACUGGGAGACUCUGUUCCUCCUGUUUGGAAUGAUGUUGAUGGUGACCAUCUUCGCCGAGAGUGGCUUCUUCGACUUCUGUGCCAUCCUCUGCUGCAAACUGGCAGCCGGUCGCAAGUGGGUCCUCAUCUUUGUUCUGUGCUUCGUCGCUGGAAUCAUAUCCGCAUUCUUGGACAACGUCACCACUGUGCUUCUCAUGACUCCGGUUGUCAUCAAGAUCUGUGAGGCUCACAACUAUGACCCGAUUGCGAUCCUGAUUGCGAUUGUGCUGAUGAGUAACGUGGGGGGAGCGGGCACUGGAAUCGGAGACCCACCCAAUGUUUUGAUUGUUAACCACGAUCACAUGAAGGAAAUCGGUAUCAACUUCUUGGAAUUCACAACGCAUAUGAGUGGGGCAGCUGCCUUCUGCUUUGUGGUGGGAAUGGGUGUGUUGUAUCUGUUGUACCGGAAGAAAGACUUCUCCCACCAAAGCAGUCCGGAAUGUCAGAAACUGCAGCACAAGAUAGCCAUGUGGCAGAAGUACAGCAACCGGAUCCCAACUGUCAGUCGAGAGGAGACUCACAUCAAGACUAUGAUCAACAAACACAUCAGUCUUUUACAGACAAGUCUGGAUCAGAAACUGCAGAUGAACAAAGAGAACCAAAGUGGAGACUGGAGGAGUGAAAUCAAGAAACUAGAGUCUUCUUCAGGCGUGAAGGAUUUCCCCCUAAUGAUCAAGUCCAUAGUGAUAUUGGUGCUUGUGGUGGUAUUGUUCUUCAUCCAAUCAGCACCCUUCAUUCAUGCCGACCUUGGGUUCAUCGCGUUCACAGGCUCUCUGAUGCUUAUGGUUCUUGCCAAUGAAGACGACAUCGAAACCUUGAUCGAGAAAAUUGAGUGGACCACCCUCCUGUUCUUCGGAUCCCUCUUCGUCUUGAUGGAGUCCCUAGCCGAACUUCACCUCCUCGAUUUCAUCGGGGAUCGAACCGUUUCCAUGAUCGAACAAGUGGACGCCAGCAUUCGCUUUCCCGUUGCACUCCUCGUUGUGCUAUGGGUGUCUGCUUUGAGCAGUUCUUUCGUGGACAACAUUCCCUUCACGCAGGCUAUGAUUCCAAUCGUCUACCGACUGGGCGAAAGUGACGAGAACCUUCACGUUCACCCCCUCAUUUGGGCUCUGGCUCUUGGGGCUUGUCUGGGGGGCAACGGGACCCUAAUAGGCGCCAGUGCAAAUCUGGUGUGUGCCGCCACCGCCCAACAGAAAGGAUACAAAAUAACAUUCAAUACUUUUUUCAAGACUGGAUUUCCGUUCAUGUUGGCAACAACGGCCGCAGCUUCCGUUUAUCUCAUCUUUUUCCACGUCUAUCCUUUCCAGUGGAAUUUCCUCUCCAAUUAAACAUCAAAGUUACAGAAAAAAUCAUACGUAUGUCAAAACUUCAGAUAAACUUCGAUGAAGCAUUUGUAAUUUCAACUAAGUUCGUACAAUUUUUAAUCAAAUAAUAGUGUCAUGGUGUCACGUGAAUAACGCAGCAGAUGUUUUGAUAAUUAUCACGCAAGACCUUUAAAAUCUUAUUUAUACUAAUCACUUCUUAAGCUACCUGAGUAGCUGUAAUUUGUGUUGAGUUCCAAAUUCGACAUGGAAAACUUGAAAAUAUCAGACUUCUGGUGCUUGGUUCUUGUUUUAUAAUGAAGACAGUUAUCACGAAUUCCUAGUAUAAAUUGUAAAUUAUAGUCGUCACUUGCAGGGGGCGGCCGGGACAGAAGAGGUUGUUGAUCGAUCAAUUCAUGAAAUAUGGUUACUAUGCUGAGCUUUCCUGAGCAUAAAGAAUUUAUUGUAGGUAGCUUUAAUAAAAUAAAAACAUUUCUGGGACCAUUUUUAAAAGAUUUAUGAUUUCAAGUUAAAAUUGGAGCAUCAUAAACUAAUUUUGCAAAAAUUAAUAACAAAAUGAAAGCUUUAUUUAGUAUAGAGUUGAGUUAUCGUAAUGGGCAAUGAUAAAGGGGGGAGGGGCUCAAUAAAAAAACUUAGGUCGACGGAUGCUUGGCCACAUUUUCAGAUAGAAAUGUGUCUGACAAUUUUACAAAAUAAUUCUUAUAAAAAUGUGAUUUUUUUUCUUCCUUGGCCCGAUAAUGCUCAUAGUAUAUAAUGAUAUAGUUAUAAUGAUAAAAUGAAGUCUAUUUUACUUACCAUUCUAUUUUUGUACGUCAUUAUUAUCUGGUGAAAUAAACUUAGUUCAUCCUCAUUUGAAA